CGUCAUACGCAGUCGACACGGGGGGCAGCGAAGCAGCUGCUCGUGAGGAGAAAAGAAAACACCCCUAGAUUAGUUCGCAUUUAAAGUUUGCUCGGCGACAUCACCAUGGUGGGGAAGAUAAAACACGUCCGGCAGAAGCUCCACCAGGAGGCGGUGAAGUUUGACAGGCCGGGCGACCUCACAACACAGCCCCCCGGCUGCACCUCGUUGCCUCUGGGUUUAGUGAAGCCUCCCUGCGCCUCGGAGCGAGACGCGACGAGGAGUCCUCCACGCGUGGAAAAACAUGUCACACAGGUCCUGGCGGAGAGGUCUUUACCCGCCGCUGGGAUUUUUGCAGGCACUAAAAUCUCACCAGAGGCUCUGGUGCAGACGCUGAAGUUUGAGGAUCCUCCGGAUGUGCCCAUGCCUGCAAAGACGGGCGAGACAAGUAAAGCUGCACAUAGUGGCCCAGAGGAGAAGAAAAUCAAGUCAAAGAAAGAGAAGAUGAAGGAGAGGAGGGAGCGGUGGCUCAGCAAGAUCAGUUCAAUCAAGCAGGCUAAAGAGCAGCAGGCAGCCGAGGCCCGUAGACAGGCCACGCCCGUGGUGGGAGACAUGAGGCCGCUGGCGGACGCCUUGCCCACGCUUUGUCAACUCAUUGGUCCCACAACUGCAGCCACCACCUCUCGUCGGAAAAGCAGAAAAAAUAAAGCGCCGAUGAAGAGGCCUGAGCCGACUGAUUUCAAUCAGAUGAAACAGUCCCAGAAACGGAAACUCUUGGAAACCGAGACCAACCAGUUCAACGACGCAGUAAAGAAGCUUUCUGGCAAAAUGAAUCCUCUGGCCGAUAUCGGCGAACUGCUGAGAAAGAGGAUGAAGAAAGAAGAGGAUGGCUGUAGCUAACGGUGGCAGCAAAUGAACUGUGUGAGACGGAGGCCCUUCCACGCACAUGAACGCAACACAAGCACAUGAACACGAACUGGCUUUGUCAGGAAAACCCGACGCCACACCCUGACUCCUGGUACUACAUCACACUUCUGGACUGCUGACUAACUGAUGCUUCUGGCUGGACAUAGACAAAAUGAGCUGGCGUUUGUAAAUGACGACUGUUAAUUAUCCCUCGACUCCUGUUAUACACACUUCUUCUGCAGUAAUAAAUUACUUUUCAUGAUUUGAAAA